AUGGCUUGUCCCAAGAAUGAUGCUAGUACUUUCAUUAAGUUUUUGAAAAGGGAAAUUUUCUCCCGGUUUGGAACUCCUCGGGUACUUAUUAGCGAUGGAGGAUCGCAUUUUCGCAACUCUCAACUUGCGAAGGUACUCAAGCAUUAUGGUGUGAGACAUAAGGUGGCUGCACCUUAUCAUCCGCAGACAAAUGAGCAAGCUGAGGUGUCUAACAAGGAAAUAAAGAGGAUUUUGGAGAGAACAGUUACUUCAUCUAGGAAGGAUUGGAAGCUGGUGAAGAAGGUUGUCAAUCCAGGACAGCAAGUGUUACUAUUCAAUUCACGCUUGAAGCUUUUUCCCAGGAAAUUGAAGUCAAAGUGGUCAGGGCCAUUCAUAGUGAAGAAUGUUCGUCCACAUGGAGCAAUUGAGUUAAUGAAUCCAGUCACUAGUGAUCCGCAAAGAAGUUGGAUGGAAAAUGGUCAAAGUCUCAAGCAUUAUUUAGGAGGAGAAGUUGAGCGCUUUUCCACAGUUAUGAAGUUGGUUGAUCCAUGA